AUGAUACAAAGUGCCAAUAAUGUUAAUAAUAGUAAUAAAAUCAAUUUGGAGAUAUUUAAUGAGAAUUUUGAGGAUGAUAGUGAUGAAAAUUUAAUAAAAUGCCAAUGUACAUCGUUGAAAAUUCAUCGAAGACACCAAACAUACCAAGGCGGCAGCAUGAGCAGCCUCAUCUUAUAUAUUUACAUGUGGAUUACAAUAUUUGCCAUUUGCUGCUCAGGACUACCACCAGUUAUCAAAAUAGGCGCAAUAUUUAGUGAGGAACAAAAGGAUACUAGCAUAGAAUUAGCAUUUAAAUAUGCUGUAUAUAAAAUUAACAAGGAUCGAAAUAUAUUACCGAAGACAACAUUAGUUUAUGACAUACAAUAUGUACCCGACUCGACUGAUUCAUUUCGUACAUCGAAGAAAGUUUGUAAAAGUAUAGAGAAUGGUGUUACAGCAAUAUUCGGACCACCAUCGGAUUCGCUACUCGGCCCUCACAUUCAAUCAAUUUGCGAGGCGCUCGAUAUACCUCAUAUAGAAACAAGAUUUGAUAUUGAUCAUGGUGCUAAAGAAUUUUCGAUUAAUCUUUUUCCACAGCAGAAAAAGCUCAAUGAUGCGAUAUUAGAUACUGUAAAAUAUUUGAAUUGGACUCGUUAUGCGAUAAUUUACGAAGGCGUUUUUAAGCAGCAAGAUCUUAUGAAAUCAUCAGAGCGUGGAAUGGAAGUUUACAUAAGGCAAACUUUGCCUGAGACAUAUCGACUCGUUCUAAGAGAAAUUAGGCAGAAGGAAAUUUACAAGUUGAUUAUAGACACAAACCCGUUGUACAUUAACAAAUUUUUUCGCACUAUACUUCAACUUCAAAUGAACGACUUCCGAUAUCAUUACAUGUUUACCACAUUUGAUAUCGAGACGUUUGACUUAGAAGACUUCAAGUACAAUAGCGUAAACAUUACAGCAUUUAGACUAGUGGAUGUAGAGAGUCCAAAAGUAGUAGACAUAAUGGAGCAAAUGAAGAAAUUCCAACACAGUGGGAAAGAAAUAUUGAAUGGAAGUUCGGUGAUUAUGAGUGAUUCAGCGCUCAUGUUUGAUGCUGUAACGGUUUAUGCGAAUGGAUUAUCAGCACUCGAUCGAAGCCACAAAUUAAAAUUAGUAAACUUAUCAUGUGAUUUAGAGCAACCAUGGAAUGAUGGUUUAUCACUAUACAAUUAUCUUGAUUCAGCCAGCAUCGAUGGUCUAACAGGAAAAAUUGAGUUUAAUGAAGGCAAACGAAUAAACUUCAAACUCGAUUUACUUAAAUUGAAACGUGAGGAGUUGAAAAAAGUUGGAGAAUGGACAUCUGCACGUGGAUUGGAAAUUAAGGAUCCCAAUGCGUUUUACGAGACUAACAUCACAAAAAUAACUCUUACUGUAAUGACACGUGAAGAAAAGCCCUAUUUGAUGAUAAAGGAGGGCAAUUUCACUGGCAAUGAUAGGUUCGAAGGAUUUUGUAUUGAUCUACUUAAAGGAAUUGCCGCACAAGUUGGCUUUCAAUACGUUAUUAAACUCGUGCCAGACGGCAUUUAUGGUGUCUACAAUCCUGAAACGAAAACAUGGAAUGGCAUAGUUCGAGAAUUAAUUGAAAGAAAAUCUGACUUAGCAGUCGCAUCAAUGACUAUCAAUUAUGCGCGCGAAAAUGUGAUCGAUUUUACAAAACCAUUCAUGAAUUUAGGAAUAGGAAUUUUAUUCAAGGUUCCAACAUCACAACCAACUCGACUAUUUAGUUUUAUGAAUCCUCUGGCGGUAGAAAUUUGGCUCUACGUUUUAGCUGCUUAUACUUUAGUAUCGUUUACGCUGUUCGUCAUGGCUCGCUUUAGUCCAUACGAAUGGGCUAAGAAUUUCUGCCAUCAGGAGCAAGUGAUAGAAAAUCAAUUCAGUAUAUCAAAUAGACAAUCAAGUGGCUUGAAUCCAAAGGCUAUAUCUUACAUAAUUGUGUCCUUUGCAAUGUACAUUGUCGCUCAGAUAUCACCAUUGGAGUGGAAAAAAGCAUCUGUGUGUAGCCAUUAUAAGAAUGAGGAUGAUGACGAAAUAAAUGACAUUGAAUUCCAUCAUCAUCAUUCAUUGAAUUCCUUUGAUGGGCAUGAAGACUUGAUGACAAUUCGUGAAGAUGAAAUAACUACAAUAAUAAAUGAAAAUUGUUGUGCAAUGGAUCACGAUGGUGAUGAAAAUGUUGAAGUCAAUGGGAAUUUGAAAGAAAAAGAAGAAGAAAAUAAAAUUGAGGAGGAAGGAGUAGAUGAAGGAAAUUGUUGUGAAAAUUACAGCAUAAGCACUCCGGAGUUACAUCAGCAAUAUUUCAAAAAUAUGUGCGUAAUGAACGAGCAAAACGAUUUAGAAAGCAUUUGGAUGAACAUGGAAUAUCGUCAAAAUUUUCUACUUAACGCAAGGCGGCAAAAUCAUCGAAAUCAACGGCAUGAAGAAAAGCAGCAGCAGCAGAAGCAACAUCAGAAGCAAAGGCAAAAUCAACAGAAGAAAAACUCAAAUAACAGCAAUAAUAGAAGUGAAGGAAUGAGGAAGAGAAUCAUAAAGAAAAGGCAAGGCAGGAAGAAUGAGUAUAAGCAGCAAUACAACAAUGGAAUUGGGUCAUCAAACAAGCAUUUUGAUGAAAAUUUAGAUAUAGAUGACGAUGGCUUGAUUGGAUAUGUAGAUGAAGAAUACUACAACAAUGGCUUAGAAGUUGACUCUGACGAUGAAAAUGGAUAUGGCGAAAAUGAAUUUUGCUUGGAUGACAACAAUGAAUCACAAGAUCUAUCGUUUACGACUCUUGAUGAGAUACAAAAUAUUGAAUUGAUAAGCUACGUAAAUAAUUUUUCAUUGAAGAAUUCUUUUGCAUGGACUUUAGGAACGCUCAUGCAAUCAACAUCGGAUCUAUAUCCAAAGGCAACAUCAACCCGAAUAGUGGGAUCUAUCUGGUGGUUCUUUACAUUGAUCAUAAUCUCAUCAUACACUGCCAAUUUAGCAGCUUUCCUUACUGUCGAACGAAUGAUAACACCAAUUGAAAAUGCUGCCGACCUUGCUGAAAAUAAGCAAGACAUUUCGUUUGGGACUCUUGAAGGUGGCUCAACAAUGACAUUCUUUCGUGAUUCAAAAAUAGGAAUUUAUCAGAAAAUGUGGAGGUUUAUGGAGAGUAAAAAGCCAUCAGUUUUCGUCAAGACAUAUGAGGAUGGAAUAAAACGAGUACUUGAAGGAAAUUAUGCGUUUCUCAUGGAAAGUACGAUGCUCGACUAUGCCGUACAACGUGAUUGCAAUUUAACACAAAUUGGCGGCUAUGGUGUCGCUUUGCCAAAAGGAAGUCCGUGGAGAGAUAAAAUUUCAUUAGCCAUACUUGAGCUUCAGGAGAAGGGAACAAUUCAAAUACUUUAUGACAAAUGGUGGAAAAAUACGGGAGAAAUUUGUAGUCGUGAUGAGAAGAAUAAAGAAUCAAAGGCAAAUGCUUUGGGCGUGGACAACAUAGGCGGAGUGUUUGUGGUGUUACUUUGUGGCUUAGCCUUCGCUAUUUUGGUUGCAAUCUUGGAAUUUUGUUGGAACUCAAAGAAAAAUGCUCAAAAUGAUCGUCAAUCAUUGUGUUCUGAAAUGGCUGAGGAGCUUAGAUUUGCAGUACGAUGUCAUGGGUCGAGGCAAAGACCAGCAUUAAAGCGUAAUUGUGUUAAAUGCAGUCCAGCUGGGCAAAAUACUUAUGUUCCAUCAUCCUUUGCCUUGCCACAUCAUUUUGGGCAAGAGAUUCAGUAUCAGAAUGUAGCUUUGCCAAUGAUGGAGUUAAAAAAGUAUGAAGUUGAUCAGAAUUCAUAGCGACAACAAAGUCCUGGAUCAGGUUCGUCUAUGGUGACAUCGACAAACAAUCAAAAUGCCAACAUCAUCACACGAGCCCUUUCAUCAACAUCACCCCUCAAUGCCUAUCAUAAUUCAUUGAGAAAGAUGAGGAAUGACGAAAAGUGUUUAUGUCGCAAUAGCUCUCUACGGAGAAGUUUCAAGAAGAUCAACAAUGAUUCACCUUGUAAUCAUCAUAUUCCACAUCAUUGUACAAUCGAAUUGAAAACGAAAGCAUCGUCAUGCUUACAUUUGUUCCAUAAGAAUGCACCCGUAAUUCUAACCACAUUUAAGAAUCAACAGCAAAAUGACCAGCAAAAUCAUAAUGAGAUUUUAUGGCGUUAUCAGUUGAGUCAAUAUGAUUUAAGUAAAAAUAUUAAAGCAUCAUCACAAUGUAAUUUAAAUGUUUUUCGCCAUAAUUAUCAUCCACACCAUCAUCAUCAACAUGAGAUGAUUGCACAUGUUUA